UUGGCUUCAGUCAGCAAAUCACACACACACACAUGCUCAAGUACACGCGCCACUCUUGCUCUCACUACUAGCUCUCCUCAUCUCUCCUCCACUCAUCUUCUCUCUCCUCCUCCUCUCUCACCAUGGAAGCACAACAGUGAGGAGUGGAUUUCUCCUCCUGUUUUUCCCCGUUAUCUCCUCUGCACUUCAGUCUGUGUGUUUGGGUGUCUGUUCCUUGCUGGGGAUGCUUGUGUCUGUGACAGCGCUUUUGGGGGCAACACUUGGUACCGUGUCUGGAGUGCUGACACUGUGUGGUCUCUCCCUGCUUUGCAAGAGCUGUAAGAAGGGGAAGCUUGAGACAGGCGAUGAUGCAGACCCAGAGAAAGCCAAACCCAGCAUCCUGCACACUCUCACACAGUUCAGUGUGGAGAAGUUGACAGAACCCAUCCAGCCUCAAGCAUCUUUGAAGUUCCCUAAAAUCUACCGACCCAAACCUUCUGUCACUCCUCAAGAGGUGAUAAACUACAAAGAACAUGGACCUGCCAAAGACACGUCUAUUGCAGAGCUCGACACCUGUAACCAGGCAACGGGAUGUGAGGAUGUCUUCUCCCUCCCGCGGCAAGAUGAGACACCCUGCACUUCUGAGCAAUCCAGUCCAAUGACGACAAGUAGCUCCAUCCUAUAUCCCAAACUGCACUUCUCCAUCAGCCUGCACAAAGAGAGCGGAGAGCUACACAUCAGCAUUAUAGAGGCGGAGAAUAUAUCAAUGGAUGCAGGAUGUGAGGGCUAUAUCUCAGGGUGUGUAAGUGUCUCUAAAGGGCAGAAGCAUGCCCAGACAGCAGUGCACAAGCUGGCAGCAAGGGUGCAGUGGAGAGAGGAGCUGGUGUUUGCCCUUCCAGUGGAGGGCACAAAGGGCACUGACGGCCUGGAUGGAGAGGUGGCCCUCUCUCUUCACUGCUGUAAUCGAUUCUUCCAGAAUUCAACUCUGGGUAUCAUGCGCUUUAAGUUGGCUGAUGUAAGCAUGAUGUUGGAUGCUGACUGCUGGGUUGAUUUACAGCCACCCAAAGAGGAAGUGACAUCAUCAUCUGGAGAGCUACUGUUGUCGCUCAGUUAUCUACCAGCGGCUAAUAGACUUGGAGUUGUAGUGAUGAAGGCUAGAGGACUUCAGUCCGACAAACUGAAAGACAACAUAGAUCUAUCUGUAAAGCUGACCCUGAAACACAAAAAUGCCAAGCUGAAGAAGAAGCAAACGCGGCGGGUGAAGCACAAGAUGAAUCCGGUCUGGAACGAGAUGAUGAUGUUGGAGCUGCCCAGCGAGCUACUGGCUAAAUCAAGCAUAGAUUUGGAGGUACUAAACCUGGCCAUCCCCGGGACCCUCCUCCCCUUGGGCCGCUGCAUGCUAGGGCUCCACACCUCUGGCACUGGCCUGCAACACUGGAAACAGAUGCUAGAUAAUCCACGCAAGCAAAUCGCGAUGUGGCAUCCUCUAUACACCUAAGAAUAUUCUCAAAAACACUGCCACAUCCAUGUACCCACCUUCAUAUAAUGAAUGGUUAAACAUAAGGUUGGGUUUUUAUAGUGCUCUAUUCCUGUGUAAAAAUAUGUAGUACUCAAUUAAAUAAAUGUUUAAGUAGAUAUAAUGAGUAAUCACAGUUGUUGUCACUUCGUAAUAUGUAAUUAACUUAUACAGGGAUUACGGUACAGCUGAAGGGAGGCAGUCACUACAGUACUAAUAUUAUUACACAGUAGUUUAGAGUAUUUUAAUGUAAGCAGUGCAUCAUUUACUCUUCCUAUGGUGUUGCUGAUAUUGUGUGUUUAACUAUUUUUAAUUUGUCUGAGUUGGAGCCAUUCUCAUCUCCCAGUACCCACCUGUUAGAUGCAAAAUAUGACUGAACAGUGCUCUCGAUCAAUAUGAGACAUCAUCAUGAUUGAUGGCUGUGUGAGGUAGCAUUGAUAUUGUGAGUGGCUCAGAUAUGAGAGGGUGUAAUGACUGGGUAGACCAGAUCGGUGAAAGGUCAAACCAUUGUAUCCUGACAGGAUUGUCAGAACUGUUGUCCAUCAUAAGUCAUCAUAAAUUAACAAUCACAACAAAUUUUAGGUGAAAACAAUCUCUGUAGUUGAAGCCCUAAUAUGAUCAACAGGCAUUUUCAGAAACAUUUCAGACAGUAUCAGAAAAGGCCCAUUUCAUUCAUAUAUUGUUAAAUCUGACAUAAUUCGCAGGUUAAGGUAAAUAUUCAACUGAUUAUUACAUCCAGCAGUAUAGUGCAAUUUAUUGUAUCAGAAUAUUUUGAAUACAGAUCCUGAUGAACCCAAGUCAGUCAUGAGCGAGAACAUUUUCAGAGAAAGUAGAACUUUCAUGCAUAAUUCAUUAAGCUGAAUUUGGCAUGUCUCAUGUAAUCAGCUUAGUGGCAGAUAUAGCAAGAGGUCCCAGUGAAUACCUCUUUUUACAGUAAUUAGUUCAGUUUUCCUGCCAUGUAGGGUCAUAGAACUUAAAUAGAGAUCAGUGCAGAGCCUGCUGCCCCUCAGUCACAGCUGCUCAUUAACAUAUGGCGUGAUGGAGUCCAGCACACCACUAAAUUAAUAUUGUAUACAGGGUCUUAAAAGGGCGGCUUUAAUCUUCUCAAGGUGCAUGUAUUUUUUUCCCUAAUGCAGGUUAAAUCCUAAGAGAUUACCUGUUUCCUAAAAGUACCUUGAGUGUGAUGGAGGGUGACUGUCUCUAACAAUAUUGUACUUUAAGUUUCUUUAGAUGAAAAAUGUCUGCUAAAAAUACUAGAGGCAAAGGAUAUUCAGAUUCGUAACCUAAAGUUGUGCUAUUUAUCAGGCUACAGGUCCGUAGCUAAAAACUAUAUCAAAUAAAUCAAUUAUGGCAUUUUUAAAUUAUGAAUUUAAUUAAACAUAAUUAUCACAGGUAUAUAAAUGACAGUUGAUUCCUUGAACUCUCCACUUCCAAGCCAAACUGUAGCCAAAUACAACCAGCCCUAAUUUAUUUCACAAAUGUAUUUUGGAUUUGUGUUUCAACAGGCAAAACAAUCUACAAUGAUUUUCAAGUGCACAAUCACAUUAGUACUUAGAUAUGCCUAAAAAUUGAAAUCACACAAUCAUCAUUAACAGUAGUACUGUAUUUAUCAAACACAAAUAAUUGAUAAAUACUACAGCUAUGGCCACUGUAUCUAAAUGCCACUGUAUGUAUCAAAUGUAUUGUGAUUCUUGGAAAUAUAAUGAGACGUGCAUUUAAUGUGCUUUAACCCACACAGUAACUGAAGAAAAUGACAAGUGCACCAAAACAAAACUUACUAAACAGCAGCAGUAAGCAAUUUUUCAGCUCAGUUGCUUUGGGUAUUUGCUGUAAAAUUAUUUGUAGUGUGUGUUUUAGUGUUAUCUGUUUGGUAUGUCCUGGUAACAAUAUAAUCACAAAUUAAGUCAUAUAAUAAAUUGUUUAAUAAUAAUAAUUAUUAUUAUUAUUUUAUCAGACACAAGCAUUAUAUUGAUUCUGAUAACAUUAUCCUAAAGGCAGGGUGAUGCACUUACAGAUGCAUCUCAAUAAAUUAGGAUGUUGUGGAAAAGUUCAUUUAUUUCAGUA